CUUCACCUCCGCAACAUCUCCAAGAUACGACCGUUCCUAACCUCGGAAACCACUAAGCAACUUAUUCACUCCCUGGUUAUCUCUCACCUUGACUAUUUUAAAUCCCUCCUCAUUGGCCGAACUCCGUUCUGUAUCUGCCACCCCUCUCUGCCAAUCCCUCCACUGGCCUCCACUCAGUGUCCUCCACCCCUCUCUGCCAAUCCCUCCACUGGCCUCCACUCAGUGUCCUCCACCCCUCUCUGCCAAUCCCUCCACUGGCCUCCACUCAGUGUCCUCCACCCCUCUCUGCCAAUCCCUCUACUGGUGUCCAUUCAGUGUCCUCCAUUCCUCUCUGCCAAUCCCUCCACUGGCCUCCACUCAGUGUCCUCCACCCCUCUCUGCCAAUCCCUCCACUGGCCUCCACUCAGUGUCCUCCACCCCUCCCUGCCAAUCCCGCCACUGGCCUCCACUCAGUGUCCUCCACCCCUCUCUGCCAAUCCCUCCACUGGUCUCCACUCAGUGUCCUACACCCCUCUCUGC